CAGGAUACUGAUGUGGCCAGCUUACUGAUAGAACACGUUAUGCCCGGUUGACAAGCGUGGCAGACAGCCGACACGGUGCAGACCUUGAUCCGCACCGCCCCACUUCACUCUCAAAAGAGCCAUCUGUCCCCAGAGGCCUGCUGCGUCUGGCUUCUAUCUACGACUAUGUACAUUUCAUCUCUAGAAGUGACGUAUUUGUCUGUAUUUGUGUUCCUUGAAUUGUCUUCCUGUGUGUGCGCCGUACUCGAAGCCUCAUAUGUGUAGCGUUGUUUCAAGGCUCGUAGAGGCACGGUUGCCUCAUGCUUUGCGACCGCAAUACCUUCAGUCUCCCCCUAGCGUUCAGCUAUCGUAUGUGCUAGCUUUCCCUCGUGCCCCAGGGCCUGCAUUGUGUUCUCCGAACUCCAAUAUUCUUCAGUGUUGUGAUGCCGUCCACUAGGUUCCUAUGCGGCUGUAUUUUGUGGUGUGACCUGCCACCAGGCGCUGCGGCAGCAGCAUUUCGUCGUAACGCAGCCCCACAAGAGCGAUGCUCCGCUCGUGCGUGCCGUCGAGCCUACUAAGCAUGAGAGCUCCCGGGU